AUGUCAGAAGAAUACAAAGACUAUCAGAAAGAUACAAGAAGAGCAUGCAAAUAUGGGGUGAGUUGUUAUCAGAAAAACCCUGAGCAUCAAAAACAAUUUAAACAUCCACCUCCCUCAAAGACUAAAACUGACAAGAAAGGUACCAAACAUCGUUAUGAACCUUACCGUAAAACGAAAAAUAUCAAAGAUGAAGCAACAACACAAAAUGAUGAUGAGAGUACUAUUUCAGAUAAUUUAGUAACUGGAACAUUAGAUGAAGCUAGAAAACUAGAAGGCAUUGCAGAAACCACUUUAGACUUGAAAGAUAAUGUAAAUUCAGAGGAGAAACCCAAAACCAGUAUUGAAAGAGCUGUAGAAGAUAGUAAGGGGGGACUCAUAUCGGCAACUGAAGAGAUAACUGAUAGUAAUAAAUACCUAAUCAAGUCAGACAGUGUGUCCUAUUAUGAUAAAGAUGCAGAUAAAUCAGUCAUCAAGAACUGCUUCUUAGUUGACAUGCCAGAAGACUUCUAUUCCUUUUAUGAAUUUCUUUCUGAAAUAGAAUCUGUUGAAAAGUUAUUGUCUGGUGUAAAUCUACAACUUAUAGGUCCAUAUGAAUUGUUUUUGGGCAAAUUACCUAUAUUGGAUGAUAAAGAUUUGUACUUGGUGCAUUGGAGGUUUUUUUAUGAUGUUCCUGAAUUUCAGGCUGUUCUAAAAAAAAAAGGCAAAAGUGAAUUCCACAUUGGCUACUUCAGAGAUGACCCAAAAGAAAAACCGUCAUUCUUAGCAAGAAAUGAUAGCUCAGUAGACUGCACAAUAACACCCAUUUCUGAAAAUAUAUUUGGUGCAGUAUACUGGUUUCUGCAAAAUGAAAAGAAAACAUCGCCAUUCAUUGCUGUUGCUUGUCAGAAACUGAUAGAUAAACUGAAAAAAUGGGCCGAAGAAAAAAAAUACUCUUUGGAAGAAUACAAUAUUAAGAAGAGGAUGCAGAAAACGGUGUGCCGGACAUUUCAUAAUGCUGGUAUAGUGGUGCCUUAUAAUAAAAAAUCACAAUUGGGUUAUAGAAAAUUGGUUGAAAGUGAUAAUAAUAUAAAGAAAAUGUUCAAAAGUUUAAAGGAAGCGAAAACUCAAGAACAGAAGGAUAAAAUCCUUUCUGAAUUACAACCUGUGAUAACAUUUGCUAGUAUAGCAAUGGAUGAAUGUGACUUUGGUACUGGACUCGAGGCUGGUGUUGCAUUGUUCUGUUCCGGUUUAAAGGAACUUGAAAACAGCGCUUUGACAAACUUAGAAGUGGCAUAUACAUUAUUAAACAGAGAAGAAUUUCGCAAAAUUAUUCAGGUUCAUAUGAAACAUCGUCGUAAAGGACCAGACAUGUCAAUAUUGUGUGGAUCAAAUUAA